UUAAAUAGGUGGAGUCGUCAUGCUAUACAACAAUUUCAAUCAGUAAGUCGGCCGCAACUGUUGUAAUUAAGGCACCAUAACUUUCUCAAAGCAAUGGUUCAAUUAAAAUAUUCCAUUUUAUUCCUUUACACACUCAUACAUAUUUGCCAGAGUAGACAUGGUCAAAUAAUAUCAAACAAAGACUGUAGCUAUGAAAAAAUAAACUUUGUCAUCCCAAAAGAGAUAUGGAGACAAGCACUCAACCCAACUCCUGUAUUAAAAUCGCCUGUCACUAUAGUAGUGCCAGUACACAUCGCGGAUAAUGAUGAGGGUGAUAUCGAUGAAGACGUUGAUAAUGAAGUACUGGAAGAUGCAGAAGACCCUAUUGAACCUUUACCUGCUCAGGACCCAAUUGAAUCGUUACCUGAAGACCCAAUUAGUGAUAUAUCUGUGACAUCCAUAGCACCAACAGUUGCUGAUGUAACACAGAAGCCAACAAUACAAAAUGAAGCAACAGAGUCGCCUAUUCAAGGUGUGAACGGGACAGUCAUAAGGUUUCCAUGUAGAUGCAAUACUGAGCAAUGUGGAUGUUGUACUGGUGCUCUAUUACAGCGAUUCAGGAUGAAAGUCUGUGGAAAUAUUUCAUUUAUUCCUGAAGAUUUCGUAUUUGAUGUCAGACUAAGUGUUAAUAACAACACAGUUGUGCGUCGCAGAGUUUCUGCAAGCGACCCACCACCAAUAUGCAUUAACCCAAGAAGAGCACCGUUUGUGCGAGUUUGCGCUGAAAUAAGCAAUAUAAGAAUUAGGAAUGGAAAUGCAUUCGCUUGUUUGGAUAUCAAUGCUGAUAUAGGUGGUUUCACAAUCUAUUCAGCUUCGUUCAGAUGUUUCGGACUAGGUACAUCUGGAGUACAAACGGGUUUAAAGCCGAAGCCAGUAUCAUCAGGACCUAAACCUGUAAAUUUAUUUGGAAAUAAUAAUAAUAAUCAACAAGAAGGAACUAUAUUUGAUGCAGCGAGUGGGCUCUUCGGUGGUGGUUCUGACGGUCCUUUAGAUGCUAUUGGCGAUGCUCUGGGUGACUUUUUUGAUGGCAGAAGUAUGUCAUCAAGUGCACAGACUCGAGCCUUAUUCACACAACAAACUUACUCACAAGUUCGCGCCAUUCUGUGUUUUAACAUUAUAAUGGUUAAAAUUCCGUUUUUCGUGCUCGUGACAGUGACCCUGUUUUUUCAAGCAUCUGGAAAUAUAGCCGGUAAUGAAUCUGUUAACGUGACUAAUUUCAAUACUCAAGAAACUGAAUGGCCUGAUAACUCAGCAUUGGUGUCGAGAUUAAAGAUGGGCAAUUUUACGAUUUUAUCACACUUUGCUCGGCAAGAACAAGAGGAUGGACAAAAUGGCUCUUCAACUUCUACGAAUAGACGUUGUACUUGUUCUUUAGGCGUAUGCAAAUGUUGCACUGGAUAUGUUUUAGAUCUAUUCAAGCAGAAGGCUUGUAUGAGAGUUACAUAUCACCCUGGAGAUUUUGCAUUUGACGUUGCUAUGUCUAUGAACGAUAGAAUUCUAUACGAGAACUCUAUCUCAGGCAAAAAUCCACGUCCCAUAUGCAUUAAUCCACCUCGAAUGCCGAAUUUAAAGAUAUGUGCCCGGUUUUAUAACGUAUUUUUCCCUGGCAGAAACUUUCACUUCUGCUUGGCUAUGACAGGAAGAUGGAGAUCAUUAGAGCUGUUUAAUUUGGUCUUUGAUUGCUUAAGAAUGGGAGCAAACGGUUUAGCCAUGGUAAGACCAGAAGAAAAUGGUGGGUUGCCCAUUCCCAAUCCACAAGGAGGAGUUGAUGCUGUGGUAGAUGCUGGCGAAGAUGAUAUCGAAGAAUACGACGAACAGAAUAUAGUUCGAUCACUCCUUGAGAUAUUCGAUCGUUAAUGAAUGCACAUAUUAUGCAUUUAAAUUAGAAUUUCAUAUUUUAUCUUAGAGAUAGUCGGCACAAACAUUAAAUUAUUUAUUUAUAAUUA